AUGGCCCACAUGGCCAUGGCAUCCAUGGCAUCCAUGGCGCCCCGAAGCGGGGGACAACGGUCCAAUAUCUUCACACCUCCAGGCCCUUCGAUGGUGCCGGAGGCUGCACCUAUGAUCCCAACGCUGCAUAGUGUUUUGACAGGCGAGGUGCAAAUGCUGACACCCAAAGGGGCAUUGCUUCGUCUCAGUGACCAGUCUCCAGUGCGCUACCUCGAUGGGUUACUGCGACGUCGUCCUGACGAGCCAGCCAAGAGCGUAGGUUCCAAGUGCUUUGUGAAGGUGGUCCGCAUCGAGGCUGGGAUGGUCAUCGUGGAUACCAAGGACGUGGAUCAGGAAGUGGGUAAAGACCUGGAUCCUGAGCAUGAGAAAGCGGAAGUGGAGGAGUGGGUGGACGUUCCCAUGGCCUUUGUGGGCCGAGUCAUUGGCAAAAAGGGUGAGCAGAUCCGCAAGAUCUGCGACGAGUCCGGUGCCGAUUUGCGCUUCGACGAGGCAGUCCGUGAACUUGAGCUCGGGAGCAACACCAAGAGGAAGACCACAGGUGGGGUUGGUGAUGACAUGCGGAAGUUCUUGGAAGCCGCGCAAGAGGAUGCGGAAGGUCAUGAGGAGCCUGAGGAGCAGCCUGAAGGUGAUGAUUUGCGGGCCUUUCUGCGGGAAGCACAGGCUGACGCACCCGUGAUGCAUCCGCCCAUGGAGGAAGAUGAAGAUGAGGUCCAGGAAGCUGCUGGCGACCUGGCGGCCUUCCUCAAGGAAGCCAAGGCUGCCGGAGAGGCCGCCGAGGACACGCCCUUGGCGCCGCGGGCCAGGACCUUCGUGCCAGCGGUGGAGUUCAUCGCUAACAGCUUGGAGAACUGGGAUGAGAUGUUGUACCGCAAGAUGGGCGAAGCCGGUGUGUCACUGGUUUACCCUGAGAAUUUGUCCAUCUUUGACAAGGAGGGGAAGGCUGUGGACAUCGAACGCGGCUUGCGGCAGAAGCACUUCCCCAUCCGGGUGCGGUACAUCCUCACCUCUGACACCUAUGCUCCGAAGCCUGCGGAACAGGAGCCAACGGAAAAGGCGGCUUCGAAGCCAGAAGCGGAGCCACAGGAGGAGGAUCGGAAGAACACAAAGACAGCAAAAGCUUCAGCAAAUAGGAAGGAUGCCAUCUACAUCUCUGGUGCAGGAGGCCUUUCCAAGAAGCAAGUCCUACAGGUCUUCAAAUCCAAGAACUUGCCGACGCCGCUGACCCUUGACCAGGUGUCUUCCUCGGAUUGGCUGGCUGUCUUCCAAGAUGUGUCCGACGCACAGACGGCCUUGUCUGGCGUGGAAGAUCAUGGGCACGGCCUGCAGUUUCGGAUGGCCACCAUCGCAGAUAUCCGACAGAAGGCCUUCAACAGGUUCAAGCAAGCGCCCAAGGAGGAGUUCAUGCGGUUGCGCAUCAACGGUGACAGCGUGGAUGUCCGCAAAGCCAAGAUAAUGGUCUUGGACCUUCUUGAUGAAUUGUCGGGCGCUUCAAAGGGCCCCCAGCGCGAACGUCGCAGAGGCUUUGCCAUGGAGCAGACCUGGGCAGAGACAAAUUACGGCACCAUUCAGAACGAGGAAACUGAUGGCAAAGAUACCAAAUACGUCCCAAGAGAGGAUGAAACUGGGCCUGAGAAGUCUGUGAUCUCCAUCGGUUUACAGCUGGUGAUUUAUGGCCUGGCCAUUGCUUUGCUGGUGCUGAUCUUCGUCAUUCCAUCACCCUUGAUCGACCCCAAAGGGGAGGGUCACCAUGCUGAGCACAUCAAGCAGGGACGCCAGAUGGUCAUGAGAAAUAUUAUCUAUGGUACAUUAGCAGCUGGAUGCCUGGCAUAUUUGAUGCAAUUCCUACAGCAGCCCUUGAUUUUGGGCUACUUGCUGGGCGGCGUUCUCGUUGGACCCAUUGGCCUGCGCCUCAUCAUUGAUGAGCACGAGAUUGUGACCAUGAGUGAGUUGGGUCUGAUUUUUUUGCUCUUCAUGAUCGGUUUGGAGCUGAAUGUCGAGGAACUGGUACAUCUAGGACGCAAGAUCUGUGUCUCCGGACUGCUGCAAUUUCCCUGCUGCGUUGCGUUUCACUUUCUGGCCUUUGCAGCACUUGGUAUGAGCGGCCUGCCCGUGGAUGACAGACCCUUGGCGGGGUCCAUAAUUCCGGCGUCUUGCAACAUCUUGCAACACUUGAUCCCUGGGAUUUUGACGGCCAUUAAAGCCAGGCCACUUGGGACUGGUAUAUAUAGCCGUGUGCUGCGGCAUGUCUUCAACCAUGAUCGUGGUGAAGUGCAGUUGACAGCAAGUGCUGUGCCAUGUCUUCAGGACAAGGAUGAGGCAAAGACCGAAGCUGGUCAGAUCUCCAUUGGUAUUCUGAUUUUUCAAGACGUUUGGGCAAUCAUUGUCCUUGCAGUUCAGAAUCACUUGGACAGCCCCAGAGUGUUUGCCAUCGCCAAGACAUUCACGAUUAUGCUGGCCAUGGUCUCCACGUCAUUCCUCUAUGCAAAGUAUGUCAUGCCCGUGCUUCUGGAGAGCGUGACACUUCCGGAAAUGAAAAUGGUAUUGUCCCUCUGCUGGUGUUUCUUCGUUUGUGCUGCUGCACUGUUGCCCUUCGUCUCUGUUUCGAUGGAGCUGGCCGCUCUGAUUGCUGGUGCUUCACUGGCCAGUUUCUCCUAUAGUAAGGAGCUGGUUCACCAGAUCAGAUACAUUCGAGACUUUUUCAUUACACUUUACUUCGUCUCGCUGGGUUUGCAGAUACCCAUUCCCAGCAGCCAUGUGAUAUUUUGUGCCACCUGCAUUUCCAUGGUGGUGCUUCUGGGAAGAUGGUUGGGAAUCUUUUGCCCCAUCUACUUCCUGGGUGGUGACGUGCGACCUGCCGUACUGUCAACUGUGAAUCUCUCACAAGUCAGUGAGUUUGCCUUGGUUAUUGGUGGCAUUGGCUACAAGCAAGGUCAUCUGCCCCGAGAAACUUUGACGCUGCUAUCUUGGGUCUUCAUUCUAUUGGCGGUGCUCUCUGCCCCGCUGAUGGACCAUACUUCCACCGUGGCUUGGCACAUGGUAUACCAAAAGGCAUCCUUGACAAGUCCAAAUGUAGAGAAGCUGGCGGACGGUCUUGGUGCUUUGCAGAAUGAGGAAAGUGGAGCAGACGGUUCGGUGGAGGAAACACUCUCCGUGCCAGUGGGACGCAUUGGUCACCUCAUUGGAAAGGAGCUGACUGGUGCCAGACUGCGCGUGCUGAAGGCUGAAGAUGAAGAUGAAGAGCCAGAGGAGCAAAAACUUCUGGUCUCGGGUACACCAAAAGCAGUGGAUUUGGCAAAGCAACAUCUGGCGAAGUACAUCCCAAAUCUGCCGGAAGUGGACCCAACAGCCUCAGGUGUCCCCGAACGUCGAAAGAUCGCAGACGCAGCGCCAGCGCCAGAAACGGCGACGGGACCCGACCUUCAUGGCCAACGUUCCAGGGCUGCAGAGGUCUUGGCGGCGGCAGGUCGCGGCCGCAAGGCCGUCAAGGCCGUCAAGGAAGAGGCUCGCGAUCGUAGUAGCUCCACCGACUCACGCACGCGCGUGAAGCGCUUGCGCGAGCGGAAGCGUGGCAUUAGCCUGGAGGAGACCAGGGCCGAGAAGGAAUAUCAAAUCAUGCUGCGCAAGCAGAAGGAGCUGGAUGCCGCAGCUGCAAGAGCAGAAGAGUCCGCUGAGAACGCCCGUGCCUAUGCGCAGAAAGUGGCGGAGGAGGAUCGUCUUCGCGCUGAAGAGGUGGAUGACUGCUUCGACUGGGAGGAGGACAAAGGGCCUUCAGCCUUGGGACGUCUGGCAGUCACCAGCUUUGGCGCUGGCAGAGUGUCUCGAGUGGUGUGCACACCACAAAACCGACGCUACAUGAGUUUCGAUUUGUUCUCCGGUGGCUCUCUACAAGUGCCGGAGGCUCGUGCACUUCCCUGGCUAAGUGUCGUCGAGAACGCCUUGGGCAGCCGUGUGAGUGCGCCAGUUCCAUGGGUAGACCAAGGAGAGAGCCGCAAACCUCCAGAUGGAGCCAACUGGGUGGUGGCGGAGGCCCAUCCACAGGGUCGGCGCUUGGCCUUCCGCCUGGUCACGGCUGCGGAACUCUUUCCCCGCUUCGUUGAGGCAACAAAGCUGUCUCAAUGGCCGCGGCUGGAAAGCCUGGUGUAUCUUGUGGAGCUUUCAACGACGCCAGAAACUGUUGGUCACAUCAUGCCCUUCCGUCACGACUACCGGAAGUCUGAGAAGGGCUAUGCCAAAGGUGACCUCCUGCUGCUUGAAGGGAGUCGCCCUGGCUUGCAGGAUGUGGGCAUCGUCCGCAAAGUGCUGUAUGGUGCCAAAGGUGAGAAAGCAGCCAUCAUUGCAGCUCAAAAAGAUCCAAUGAACCUGUCAGGCACACCACGUUUGGCCUUCCAACGCUGUGGGGCGCCGGAGAAGACCAAGCGAGAGCAGAUCACAUCCUUGGAACGCAUGGUGCUGCCACUGCUCGCUGCCCGCUUGCCUUCGGGCGCUACAGCUCUGGGAGUUGGAGCUUCCUUGGAUAGUACCUUUCUGCGCUUCUUCGUGCGUUUGUCGAGUCAAGAAUCUGUUGACAAGGAGUCACCUGCAGCCCAAGGUGCUGCUGCAGCUGCUGCUGCGGUGGGCGCAUUGUUGGGAUGCCAGACGGAGGUCUUUGCCUCUUCGGGUCCAGAGGCUCCAGCUCCAACAGAGGCAACAGUCCCCGUCCCGGCGGCUGAAAAGAUGGCCAAGGUGAAGGAGAAAGUGUUGAAAGCAGCCAAAAAGAAAGCCAAAGAGAGGAAGAAGGCUGAGAAAGCACCAUCCAAAUCUUCCUCUUCAUCGAGCUCAGAGUCUUCCUCCGAUAUGUUUUUACUUGCCAUGGCAAAGAGAGGUGACAAAGCGUUGGGAAGGACCGCUCGUGCCGAGACUCAAUCGGCUCCUACAUAG